AUGUCAGAAACAUCUCAAACUCAGAAGGAGCUAUUCUUUUGUUCAUACAAUGAGUUGUCCGCCACAACAGUCGUGCUAAUCCACGGCCUCUUCUCCUGCAACCUCGAAUGGGAGCACGUCGUACCAUCCCUUGGCGAUUAUCAUCUCAUAAUUCCCGAUCUUCCUCAGCACUCAAAGUCCAAACAAGUUGGACCCUGGUCUCUCGAACUGGGCGCAGACUCUGUCGCGCAUCUUAUCCGAACCUACGCCCACAAUGGCCAAGCGCAUGUCGUCGGGCUCUCGCUGGGAGGCUUUACAACAAUGGAGAUAGUCCGUCGACAUCCAGGCAUUGUCAUAUCGGCAUUUGUCACUGGAGCGGCGCCAUUCAUGUCAUGGCAGACUUGGAUGGCUGAGCGACCCAGCCUUCUGUACUAUGGACUCAAGCUAGUCCUGAACUCUGGUUUUUACACGUUUAGCGUCUGGAGGGUCGGUCUCAAGGAUCACACUCUAUUGAAGAAUGAGAUUGCUUGCAAUAACGAUUGGAACUUGGUCAACGACGCUUACGGGGGUCUUGCUAAGUGGGGAGAAGAGGCUGUAAAUGAUGUCGCUGCAAAGGAUAAGCGAAUAUUGGCUAUUGCCGGAGAUCAAGGUGAUAAUAUCGAGGGGACGAAAGAGAUGGCUCAGCUAUUCUGUUCACAGGGGCUUGGUGAUGGAAAGAAAAGCGCGGCUUGUGUCAUAAAGGGAGCCAUUCAUGGUUGGAAUCUUCAGUUUCCAGAAUUAUUCGCUGAUGGAAUCAAGGCUUGGGUCGAAGACAAACCUUUGCCUGAAGAAUUCGUCAAUCUACUGUGA